AGCUUGCGAAUGCAAUCAGCACGCCCGCAGAUGCAGAUUCAAUAUGGAGCUGUACAAGUUGUCUGGUCGGGUGUCUGGAGGCGUUUGCCUGAAAUGUCGUCAUUACACAGCCGGAAGACACUGUCACUACUGCCGUGAAGGAUUCUACAGGGAUCCCAACAGGGCGAUCACGCACCGACGGGCAUGCAAACCUUGCGAUUGCCAUCCAAUAGGAGCAUCAGGAAAGACGUGCAACCAGGCUACAGGACAAUGUCCUUGUAAAGAUGGAGUUGUCGGAAUUACUUGCAAUCGUUGUGCCAAAGGAUAUCAACAGAGUAGAUCGCAUAUUGCACCUUGUAUCAAAAUUCCGGUGGUACAAAUGAUGGCUACUGAAGAAGAUAAUGAAGGGUAUGAAGACUAUCCUGACACGAAUAAACCAGGAGAUCAGUGUGGAAAAUGCAAAGCAGCCACUAGAAGAUUAAACAUGAACAAAUACUGCAAGAGAGACUAUGCUAUAAUGGCCAAAGUACUAUCCCGAAUCGACAACAACGAAGCUGAGUAUACAAAAGGAUGGGUACGAUUCAUGAUCAAUGUCGAAUUUAUUUACAAAAAGUCCAAGGAAUCGAGAAUACGCAAAGGAACCAUGCCCAUGUUGGUACCAGCUGCUGAUUUAGCUUGCAAGUGUCCAAAGAUCAAAUCAAAUAAAUCGUACCUAUUCUUAGGACGAGAACGUGACGAUUCUCCCGGAGGAAUAGUGACAGGCAGCCUUGGCGUGACCCAAAGAUCCAUAGUCAUCGAAUGGAAGGACGAAUGGGAUCAAAGAAUGCGUAGAUUCCGUCGCCGAGCUAGAAAAUGCAAGUGA